UUUAUUUUUAUUCUUAUUUUUUAUUAACAUUAAUAAAAUGGCAGACGUCUCUCCAUCUGGAUCACCGAAAAGCGUUGUAAGAAAGCGAACUACUGGAAAUGCUACCGUAUCUCGAGCUGGUGGGAGUUCAUCAACUAUGAUGAAGUUAUAUUCCGAUGACGCUCAAGGCUUAAGAGUAGAUCCAGUUGUGGUCAUCGUACUUGCUCUUGCUUUCAUUGGAUCUGUAUUCAUUCUUCACAUCUACGGAAAAUUCACACGCGGAUGAAUUAUUCCUUUAAUUAUUUCACCUAAAAUUCUUAUAAAACAUAAUAUAUUUAUACCUUUUAAUAUAAAAAAAACCAAUUUUUUUUUUGAUAUUAAGGGACAAUUAAUAAUAUUAAUCAAUUGAUUUAAAAAUUCUAAUUUUAUUCACAUUCAUAAUAGAGGAAUAGCAACUGACUUAGAAAUUAUAUUUAAAUCAAGCA